CGAUUAUCUCUCAGUGCAGAAGGCAUGAUUAGAUCCAAUAAUGUGAAAUGUGUUUGUGGCAGGGACGCGACUCCGGCAGCCCCAGGUUGGGAAGCCGCGACGUGCGAGAGGUCCCCUCGUACUCGUACGGUACAUACCAGGGGCUUGAUUGGCCAGAGCCCUGGUGAUCGAAAACGUCACGAGACUCUGCCCCCGAAUUUGACGACGGCCAUUCCACGACCAUCGGAGACUGAGCAAUCCAAAUACCAUUCCAACCACACGUGCGACUUAUUAGCGCCACCGCCCAAAUUCACUGCCGACCUUACCUGACUUAUUAAGUAGCCAACAAAUAAUGGAAGGAGCCAAGAUGACGACCGGCCUCGCUUUCUUUUUCCGUCUGCCAGGGGAAUUGCGCAAUCGCAUCUACGAGGACCUCCUCAUCGUCUCGCAGCCCAUAUCCAUUUACAGGAGGGACAUGGUGCUCGACGCUCCCGCCAACGCCUACUCGCACGACGAGCUGGACGCUGACAGCCAGUGGCCCCUGUCUCUCAGGCUUCUUGGCCUCUUUCUGGCCAGUCGCCAGAUGCACGCCGAGGCCAGCUCUGUCUUCUUCUCGCAAAACUGCUUCACCAUCCCGCCCGUCGUGGAUCCCUGCCGACGAGUGCGGUUGCACGCGCCUGUCGAGACGCUGCUCUUGCUGCGUUAUUUCCUCGACUGCAUUGGCCCCCGAAACGGCGCCUUGCUUAGACACAUUCGCCUGCCCUUCACCGUCACCCCCGUGGAGUGCAUCACGUUCGGCAAGGCCAGCUUCCACACGAGCAAAGACGUCGCCCAACGCACUAGCCUGCUGCCCACCCUGUACAGCCGCUGCCCAAACCUCCAGUCGCUCGAGUUCCACGCCCUGUCCAGCGUGGCCUUUGAGAACCACCUCUGCGCCUACAUGGACUCGCCCGUCGCCAGCCGCGUCCUCGCCGUCUUCAACGCCGCCCUCCACGCCCGGUUCCCCCUGCUCGACAAAGUCACUAUCUCCCUAAACGAGGACAUGCUCGUCGUGCCCUGGCGCAAGGGCCGGGUGAGCCACGCGAGCGACCGCUGGUGGGAGCCCCUGCGCGCGCAGAUGCGCGGUUACGGCUGGACCGUCGUGGACUGGGGACUUGAGCCCGAUGCGGCCAAAAACCCAGGCUGCGAGAGCCCAAUGCGGCCGCCGCCAGAGCCUAGACCCGUCGCCUCGGUGCCCCCGAUCGCCGGGGCCAAGGUUGCAGGGACGCGGCAAUGGCGUGCCGGGAGGGCUGUCUGGAGAAUGGCCAGGCCCGCGGUCGUGCUGCCGGCCACCGUGGUCGCGCACCCUGUGCGGGUUGCAAGGACCUACUCGCACUAGCGUGGUCGUUUGAUGUGAAAUUAUCGGCGCAUGGCUUUUGCUGAGCAGCAGCGCUUGUGCUGGGAAGCGUGGGUCUGCGGGACUGGCAGGAUCUAACCGAGUUGUUGUCUAGUCGUUGCCUUUGCCCACGCGUCGAAAGGGAGAACCGGAAAUCGGUUGGCAGGUAUCUGGUAUUCUUCCUACCGACAUCAAAUGGGACCUGCAAUGAUCGUUUCCUGCUAGGAGGAGGAUGCCGAGAGAAGGAUG